AUGGACCAGUCAAAAGACAUAAGCUCCGAGCUCGAGUCCUUCAGGGAGCAAUGGCGGGCAGAGGUCAGGGCCAAGAAGCCCACCGGCACUGCGGGUCAGGCCCAGCCGGCUCAGCCCGGACCCUCAUCAUCCACACCGGCGGUACCUGCCCGCUCGCACCACCGGACGUCAGCUCCGCCCAGGCACCUCGUUGCGAGCCAUCAGAAGCCCGUGGCGAAGGAACACGACGACGAUGAUUUCCAGGCUCAGAGCUACGACCUACCCAGUGAGGACACCGGUCCUGCUCGCCCCUCGGCCGCCGCUGUGGUUGAGGAACCCGUGACAGCGCUCGAGCAUUAUGAGAAAGCCGUGGAGAGGGAAACCCAGGGGAGCCUCGGGGACAGCUUGCAGUUGUACCGCAAAGCAUUUAGAAUGGAUCCUGCAGUAGACAAGAAAUACAAGAACAAGCACUUUCCAGCACCGCCCAAGCCGGCUGCACAAUCCAGCCAUGAAGGCCAGCCAAGCACAGCGCAAGCUGCUAGUACAACUGCACCAGGUGCAACAGCAGCCAAUCCCUUGGACGCGCAGCCGCCGACGAUGAAGGAGCUCAUCGCCAGCUUCCAGGGCCUGUCCAUCGAGCCCGCUGUCCCCGAGGUGGAGGGCAUGCCGCAGCCCCCCUGCCCGAUCGCAGACCUCCCGCAAGAGAUCCUCGUCCACAUCAUGCACGACGUGGCCGUCGCCGACGUCGCCGACUUUGUCCGCCUGGCCCAGGUCUGCAAGCGCCUGGCCUACCUCGUCACCACCGAGGACCAGAUCUGGCGCUCCGUCUGCCUCGAGUCCGACUUUGGCUUCCCUGCCAUGCACCGCACCUGGCAAAAGAGCAUCUCAUGGGGACCCGCGGACGACGACGACGACUGCGACGAAGAAGAAGAAGAAGAACUCGACCCGGAGAACGGCGAUGACGACGCCGCCACCGCCGCCGCCACCAUCUUCCUCACCCCCGAGGCCCGCGCCGCCGCCAGCCGCGCCGCCGCCCUCGCCACCACGGCGUCCCUCCUGCGCGGGCCCCGCUACCGCUCCUCCUGGCAGCGCAUGUUCCGCCAGCGGCCCCGCGUCCGCUUCAACGGCUGCUACAUCUCGACCGUCAACUACAUCCGCUCGGGCCAGGCCUCGGCCUCCCAGGUCACCUGGAACAGCCCCGUCCACAUCGUCACCUACUUCCGCUACCUGCGCCUGCUGCGCGACGGCACGGCCAUCAGCCUGCUCACCACCGCCGAGCCCCAGGACGUCGUGCACCACCUCGCGCGCGACGCCCUCGCCCUCCACGCGGGUCCCGGUGCCGGCGCCGCGGGUGCCGGCUCGCAUCUCCCGUCCGCCGUCAUGCAGCACGCGCUCCGGGGCCGGUGGCGUCUCGGCUCCGUCGACGCCGCGGCCGCGGCGUCGGCGUCGGCGGGCGACAAGGGCGACGACCCGGAGGCGGACCUGGUGGUCGAGACCGAAGGCGUGGGCAAGUAUCUGUACCGCCUGGAGCUGGCGCUGCGGAGCGCCGGGCGGGCCGGCGGCGGCACGCGCAACAACAAGCUCGUGUGGAGGGGGUUCUACAGCUACAACCGGCUGACGGACGACUGGGCCGAGUUUGGGCUCAAGAACGACAAGCCAUUCUUCUUCAGCCGUGUCAAGAGCUACGGACGUGGGGACUGA